AUGAGUCAAAAGUUAUUAGAAUCUAACUUUGGGCAAAUUAUUGACUUUGUCGAUAAUUCAAUGAAGAAAAUUGCCAUGUCAGCCGAAACUACACGAAACGCAGUACUAAACGAAUUUGAUUACAAUAGAAAUCAAUGGAUAUUUGAUACAACAUUCAUGGUUUACAAAUCUCAAGAAAACUUUGUCAAUGGUCUCACCAUCAAUGCCUAUUUUGGGAAUCGAAUAGGUUUAGGUGGAUAUAUUGGAAUCACCACAAGUGUCGCCAGACAAUUAAACCUGCCACUACUCUACAGAUAUAAAAUGCUUGGAAAUGACACGAACGGUUUUUUUAAAAGAUGUGAUUAUUACAAAUCUGUGACUAAUUGUGUUCCAGAUGGUGAUGCAGAAUAUGAUUUUGAUUAUGGAGCUUUUGAUAUGAGUUAUGUGGUCAACUAUGCCAGUAAGGCAAAGAAUACGACAAUCUUUUCAACUUCCUAUGUCCAUUCAAGUUUUCCAUUAUGGGUUUGGUUUACUUGUGUGAGUGCUUAUACGAAACCUGGUGCAAAUAAUUUUGAUUGGUAUUUUGCUAUAGAUAUUACUGCGCAUUCACUUUCGGUUUUCUUAUCAGAUUUUACGAGUAAGAUUCAAAAUUCGAUGGCAAUUGUGAUAGAGAUUGAGAGUAAUGCAUUGAUUGCUAUUGUCAGUGUGGUGAUUACUGUGUGUGCAACAUUGAUUAGUUUGGGAUUUAGUUCAAGAAUUGUAAAGCCAUUCAAGCAGCUGUUGAAUCAGUUUGAAUUUAUUUCAGAAAUGCAAUUGGAUGUUGCAGAAGCUAUGAAAAUCUCUUCGAACCUAACCGAAAUUGAAGAAUUCCAACAACACAUCUCAACCAUGAUUAGGAAGAUGAAAUCUUACAGAGCUUUCAUUCCACAACACUUGUUAGCCAAAUUGGACAAUAACGAAUCCAUGACAGAGCCAUCAAUCAGCAGUAAAUUCAGCAGCAAAAAGAUGGAUUCAGAUCAUGCUCAUUCCUCAUCAGUUCACAACCCAAAGAAUAAGUUUCUUUUCAAAUUGGGAGUUGAACAGAGACAGGUUGUAAGUGCCAUGAUUUAUUUUGAGGGAAUGGAAGAAAUUAGUACAAAUUUGAAAGAAAAUGAAUUGGUCAACUUGUUUACGAAUAUUUUUGGAGUUAUUCAAAAGUUUGCAAAUACUUCAAAUGCAAUGGUUGGAACUUUGGAGAAGAGUUCAAUAAUUGUGAGUUGGAAUUCGUAUACAAGUGUACAGAAACCAGAAGAAAAGGCCUUGUCAACUCUUUCACAAAUGUUAACAGCUCUGAAACUUGUUGACAAGAAUAUCAAACCUUGCAUUGCCGUUGUGAGUCAAUUGUGUAAGGCAGGUAAUAUUGGAACAAACGCAGUCAAGACCUUUACAAUUAUUGGCAGUUAUCAACAAAAUUUGGAACAUAUGAUUAAUAUUAUGAAACAUUUGAAGGUUGAUUUGGCAGUUACAAAAGCAGUUCAGGAAAAGGGGAUUGACCAAAUGUUCCACACGAGAAUUGUUUCAUGGAAUAAUUUGUUGAUGGAUAAUUAUAGUCAAUCGGUUACUAAAAUUCCAAUAUAUGAAGUGGGGGCUUCAAAGCAGGUAGCUAUGGAUGAAUGGUAA